GCACUUCAGGUUGCAAACACGUUGGCCCGCUUCUUCAUCCGCCGAAUAGUGUCCGCCGAAUAGUGCCGAUUGUUGCACGCGAGACAAGACAGCCGUGUUUACUUGGUCACGCCUGCCUCUGCAGGCUUCGUCUGUUGUGCUGCGAGAAAACACGUGCCAGCCUCGGAUUUCGUCUGAUCUUUUUUUUCUCGGCCGUGUCACUCUUGUCGAGUUGUGUCACUUGGCCGCAGACCUUAAUUCACGGCCUUUGCGGCUCGGCUCCAUUUUCGCCUCUCGCAACCUAGCAGUCCACCGUCGUUUCUCGUCGUAGGAACCAUCGCCAACAACGCCGUUCAAGAUGAUGAACGCGCGGCUCGCCAGAGUCCUGCUGGAUCUUUUCGUGUUUGGCAGCUGCGCCGUCGCCGUCGCCGUCGCCGUCGCCGUCGCCAGCUCUAGCUCUAGCUCGCGAAACGAAAUCGCGACCAACGACGUCCUCGAAAAGCGCUCGGGAGGCCUCUUCUGCGGCGUCUUCAACACGGCCGACAAGCACAAUAUCAUGGAGAACCUCUACUGGAUGCGCAACAACCUCGGCAAGUGCACUACCCCGGCGCGGACCUGUCGGCGGUUCUCAUGCAUCAACACCAGCGGCGUAUACGUGUGCAACGACCGCGACCAGGACCUCACCAUCGACUGCGGCGUGGAAGCGCCAGGUCUCGCCGACACACCCGCCGUGCAGUGCUGUACUGCCGCCCACAGCGGCAUCUCGGGCCAGCAGUUUAGCGAUGACGGCACGUGGAACGUGAUCAUUGCUUUCGCGGACUGCAACCACGACUGGGACGCUGAUCGGCCUUCCAUGGGCCCGCCGGACGAUAUCUGGGGCCCCAACGGCGCGUGUCUCUGCUGCUGA